UCGAAAACGUUAUUCUUUUUUUUAUCCUGUGGCUAAUUGUCUUGUAGAACUGAUUGUAGAUUCGUCAUUAAACUUUCUCACUGCUGUGGAAUGUAAUAUUCCUAGCUUUACACGUAAUAAAAUGGUGUCUAUGAAAGAUGAAACCGUAGGCUUACAUCAUACGACAUACACUUACUGUUCAGGGAGCAUUGUACGUACAGAAUAAUUGACGGCAACCUCUAAUCGUGACCGAUUGGCUGCCAACGAGACCGAAUAUAACUCGUGUAAAUCGGAUCACGAAUACCUUAUGUGCUCACUUCAGCAGUGGUUUUCCUAUUUAAGAUACGAAGUGUAAAUGAAGACUACAGACGAUAGCUGAAGCUUGAAAACUACCUGUAAACCCUCCCCCUUCUACCCCCCCCCCCCCCUCUCUCUCUCUCUCUCUCUCUCUCUCUCUCUCUCUCUCUCUCUCUCUCUCUCUCUCUCUCUCUCUCUAAGAGGACUUCUUCCAACACCCCUUAAAUCUUGUUCUCUGAACAUUAGACUUUUCUCAUGUACUCACUGCUUUUGGCCUUCAAUACCACAUUGCAACUCAGACUGAACUGUUUUGAUGUUCUAUGUGACACUUGAGAAAAACAGUCCACUUUCGGUUAAAAAUACCACUGUUAUACAAAAGCUAGCUUAUUUCUUUUUCAUUAUUAAAACUUGAUACAAGAUGCAGCUAUGCUCAUAGUUACCCUUGGCUUUCCAUCUUCGUAUGUAAAGCUGUCCAUUGACAUUAUUCAAAUUUAUUCCCUGUCUUAUGAAUCUUAUUUGUUUUGUGUUGGGUGCUGUUAAUAACAGUCUUUAGUAAUGUUCUGGUCAGGCUCAGUAUGCUGUGAUUUUAUUAUGCUUUUCAUUUUCUUAUUUUGUGUAAACGAAAUCUUAUGUUGCCUUAAUAACCUCCACUGUUACUGGCCCUCUUUAAUAUCUUCUGAAAUACGUCCCCCUCACUGCAGUCAGAAUGUUCUUAAUGUGUCCAAUUCCCUUGUUCAGUUGCCAGUUGUAGUGUGUUGUAAUGCAGAGGCUAAAAAGCUUCCCCUAGGUUAAGUUUUGACUCUUGCUACUCAUCAUACAAAAACAAUGAAGUGAAUGAAACAGAGUUGCCAGACAGUAUCUGUUGACGUGACUUGGAAGUUAUGGUGAAGGUUAUCACAAACCAAAUAAUGAAUCAGUUCUUUUGGAACAGGAUUUAAUCUUUAAGAAUACAAAAAGAUGUUGUGUAGAAGUAUUAAAAUGAACAAAUGUGUUCUGAGAACAUUAAUGAAAUUCUCAGUAAGGUGUUGUCAUCGGAAUUUUUCUCUCAAAAUGCCACUUAAGAGCUGCCAUGCACGCCAGAUCUUUGACUCCAGAGGAAACCCUACUGUGGAGGUAGACUUGGUAACGGAUCAGGGACUUUUCCGUGCUGCUGUCCCGUCAGGAGCUAGCACAGGUGUCCAUGAAGCACUGGAACUGAGAGAUGGUGAAAAAAAUAACUACAUGGGCAAGGGAGUGAAAAAAGCUGUUGAUAACAUCAAUAAGAUUAUAUGGCCAGAGCUUUCAAAACAGAAUUUUGAAGCAACACAGCAGAAAGAAAUUGAUGAAUUUAUGCUGAAGUUAGAUGGAACAGAUAAAAAGGAUAAAUUGGGAGCUAAUGCUAUCCUGGGUGUUUCACUUGCAGUAUGCAAAGCAGGAGCAGCGAAGAAGGGCGUUCCUCUCUACAGGCACAUUGCGGACCUUGCAGGAUACCCUGAUGUCUUGCUGCCUGUGCCAGCUUUCAAUGUCAUUAAUGGUGGGAGCCAUGCUGGCAACAAGUUAGCUAUGCAAGAAUUUAUGAUAUUACCAACAGGUGCAAAGAGUUUCACAGAGGCCAUGAAAAUUGGUACUGAAGUGUAUCACAACCUGAAGAGUGUCAUAAAGAGCCGUUUUGGUCUCGAUGCUACAGCUGUAGGAGAUGAAGGUGGUUUUGCACCUAAUAUUCUGAACAAUAAGGAUGCCCUUGCUCUUAUUUCAGAAGCUAUUGAGAAAGCAGGCUAUACUGGUCUUGUAGAGAUUGGGAUGGAUGUUGCAGCAUCAGAAUUUUACAAGGAUGGCUCUUAUGACCUGGAUUUCAAGAACCCUAACUCUGAUAAAAGCCAGUGGCUGAGCAUGGAAAAGCUCGCAGCAUUGUAUACUGAAUUUAUCAAGGAAUACCCAAUUGUAUCUAUUGAGGAUCCAUUUGAUCAGGAUCAUUUUGAAGCUUGGACCCAUUUUACAUCACAAGUCAAGAUUCAAAUUGUUGGAGACGAUCUAACAGUUACUAACCCAAAACGUAUUGCCCUGGCUGCAGAAAAGAAAGCUUGCAACUGCUUGUUACUGAAAGUAAACCAAAUUGGUACUGUCACAGAAAGUAUACAAGCACACCUUUUGGCAAAGUCCAAUGGUUGGGGCACAAUGGUCUCUCAUAGAUCUGGGGAGACAGAAGAUACAUUCAUAGCUGACCUUGUUGUAGGUCUCUGCACAGGACAGAUUAAAACAGGUGCUCCAUGCCGUUCGGAGCGGUUGGCCAAAUACAAUCAGUUGCUGCGCAUUGAAGAAGAGCUGGGAUCUGCUGCAAAGUAUGCUGGCAAGAAUUUUCGCAAUCCUGUCUAAAGGUUUCCUUAUGCCCGUUCGAGCAAUUUGAUGUGUUGGCUUUCAGGAAAUGUACUGCCCUAUUUAUUGAAUCACUAAAACUUGAGGUGUUAGCAAUAGUUGUAUGGGGAAAACUGUUAACUGAACAGUAUGUUUAGAGUGAGAAUUAUCAGAUCUAUAAGGAAUGUAAAACAUUUUCUGUUGACAUUUCCAAAGUCAGAUGUUCGAACAUUUUGUUGCAAUAUGGUGUUCAUUCCUGUACGACUAGUUUUCUGUUGUAAAGUGAGCAGAUUAAUAUACUAUCUUGAAUGUCAUCAGUGAGAAGUGUAUAACUGAAUGUAAGAAGUUUAUAAAUGUUUAUUAUUUGUAGUGACAAUAUUUAUAACACCUCAGUGUUCCUUUGUACACUCCCUUAAGAAACUAAAGUGUAUGUGAAUGUGAAAUUCUGACAAUAAAAGAUAAAACUAUU